AUGUCGCAGGCGCCGCAGCCGAAUGAAGACCGCGAAUCACCUCUUUCUAGUGGUCAAGAUAAAAACCUUGAUGGUUUAUCAACAGAAGUUGCCCUCCUAUGCCUUAGUGCUGCCGGGCAGGAGCCCCAUUACUUCGGCCCAUCAUGUGCUGUGUCGUUUUCCCGAAUCGUGAGUGCUACCAUGGGAUUGCCCAAGCGCGGCGCAUACUCUCAGAAUGAAGCAGCAACUCCUGAAGCUCGGCAUCCUGAGGUCCAUCGCACGUUAUCCGUCUUAUUCCCAUCACCACGUCUAGCAGCAACGCUUUCCCAGGCAUACUUCAAGAACAUUCACCCCCAGUAUCCAUUCCUUCACAAACCUACGUUCAAAGCUUGGGAAGAAAUCUGCGCCAGCGCCAAUGCUACCGGCAAUCUUGACGACAUAGACGAUUUGCCGUUGUUCUUUGUGCUCAUGGUGUACGCCAUUGGAUCUCUAGCGCUGGGUGCAGCACAUCGCGAUUCUGCCGAAGCAUAUUACUCCAGGGCGCUUGAUCAUCAAGCCGCUCUUCUUGAUAUGGAUGGUAUUGAGUCUAUACAGAGCAUUCUUGCGUGCGCUAUAUACUCUAUCAAGUCGCCUGUAGGCGCUAGCCUUUGGAAGAUUUCUGGAUUAGCGAUCAGGCAUUGCAUUGAACUCGGGUAUCAUCGCAGCGUCGUCAGAUUUCGGAGGCUGACAAAUUGUCUAUCAGCUGAGAUUUCAAGACGAUGCUUUUGGGUUGCAUACGACAUUGACCGGGUGGCUGCAUUGAUUCUUGGUCGCCCGGUCGGCAUUCCUGACGAUGCCAUCGAUGUGGAGUUGCCAUGCGAUCUUGAAGAUGAAUACAUCACCAAGGAAGGCUACACUAAAGAUCCCAGAUCUGAUCCACGCGAACCGCCAACCUACGUUUCUGGAGCCAUCCAUGUAAUCAAGUUGCGGCAAUUGUGGUCCAAGUUCGUAGAUCAUCUCUACCCUACUGCCGCCAGACCGUUGGUGUCGCAUUCUACGACUCGAAAGGUCUCGAUCACUCAUCUCAGGCAAGAGUUGGACGAGUGGCAAGCAGCAAUACCUGAUCAUAUAGAAAACGCCGAGUCUCAACCUCUAUCAGUAUUCGCUUCGAAGACAUGGUUUCAGCUGGCUUAUGCUCACUCGAUACUGCUUCUGUAUCGUCAUUGCAUCACAACUUCGCCACCGCCAGAAGAUGAAGAGGGUGUAGGAGUGGCUUUCCAACAAUGCGCUCUUCGGGCUCGAGAGAUAUGCUUACUCUACAGGCGAUUGUAUCAAUCCUCCACGAUACAAUUUACAUGGGGCUCUAUUCACAUUUUCUUUAUGGCCGGACUCACAUAUAUGUAUUGUCUAUGGAGGUGCAAGACUGUCAGAGAAGCUGCACGCCAAUCCGACGUCGUCAAUACCUGUAUGGCUUGCAACAUGGUAUUGGUCAUCAUGGCUGAGCGUUGGCCCCAGGCUACGACAUAUCGUGAUACAUUCGAAGCACUUUCACAGAAGACAAUCAACAUGAUUUGUAGCGACCAAACGCAUUCAUCUGGAGUUUUCGCCGACAACCGAGGGAUACGCGCUUCCGAAACAACUAGGACGAAUCAGUCUGGGUCAACUCAGGAUUGCUUCAUGGACUUUGACUGCAUUCCUGUGUCAGAUGGAUCGGAAUGGUUUAUUCAAGAACUCCUCCAGGACAUACGAGAUUACCAGGCACCGGAUAUAACCUUUGAUGAUCUAGCAGAUUUCACCACCUAG